GAAAGAUCCAGACCGGACUCCCCCCUGUCCCUGUGCGGCUGAUGGCAGCGCGUCUGCGGUCAUAUGACAGCAACUCCAGUGAACCCGAAAGAAAAGCGACGAGCCGACCUCGCAAAUUCUGCAAGCAGUCGAGCACCAGUCAGAGCCGAGCAUCUCGACUGGAGGCAGAACAGAAGAAGAUGAGCCUGCAUGGUGCCAGUGGGGGCUGUGACCGUUCACGUGACCGCCGCCGCUCCAGCGAUCGCUCCCGGGACUCCUCACACGAGAGAGAAGGCCAGCUCACCCCCUGCAUCCGCAACGUCACCUCACCCACCCGUCAACACAACAGCGACCGUGAACGAGAUGGUGGCCCAUCAUCGAGGCCCAGUAGUCCACGGCCUCAGAGGGUCUCUCCCAGUGGCUCCAGCAGCAGUGGGAUAGUGAGCAGUCGCAACAGCAGUCUGUCCAGUACUGAAGGAGCCUUCAAAAGCUUGGGAGUUGGAGAAAUGGUUUUCGUCUAUGAGAAUCCCAAAGAGGGAGGAGCGGGCGCCGGUGUCGGGAACCGAAACAUCAGGACCUCAGAAAGAGUCACUCUGAUCGUUGACAAUACACGCUUUGUAGUAGAUCCCGCCAUCUUCACUGCGCAACCCAAUACCAUGUUGGGCAGAAUGUUUGGAUCUGGAAGAGAACAUAAUUUCACACGGCCCAACGAAAAGGGGGAAUUUGAGGUGGCCGAGGGCAUCAGCUCCACAGUUUUCCGAGCAAUUCUGGAUUACUACAAAUCAGGGCUCAUCCGUUGCCCUGAUGGAAUCUCCAUCCCUGAGUUACGAGAGGCCUGUGACUAUCUAUGCAUCUCCUUCGACUACAGCACCAUCAAAUGCAGAGACCUUAGUGCCCUGAUGCAUGAGCUGUCCAACGAUGGCGCUCGGCGACAGUUUGAGUUUUACCUGGAGGAAAUGGUUCUGCCUCUGAUGGUGGCCAGUGCUCAGAGUGGAGAGAGGGAGUGUCACAUUGUUGUCCUGACUGAUGAUGAUGUGGUGGACUGGGAUGAAGAAUAUCCGCCACAAAUGGGAGAAGAAUAUUCACAAAUCAUCUACAGCACAAAACUGUACAGAUUUUUCAAGUACAUUGAAAACCGAGAUGUUGCCAAGUCGGUUUUAAAGGAGAGAGGAUUAAAGAAAAUACGACUGGGCAUUGAAGGUUACCCUACAUAUAAAGAGAAAGUCAAGAAACGACCAGGAGGUCGUCCAGAGGUCAUUUACAACUAUGUCCAGAGACCCUUCAUCCGCAUGUCCUGGGAAAAGGAGGAGGGCAAAAGCCGCCACGUGGACUUCCAGUGUGUCAAGUCCAAGUCCAUCACCAACCUGGCAGCGGCGGCAGCAGACAUCCCCCAGGACCAGCUGGUGAUGCACCCUGGCCCCCAAGUGGAUGAACUGGACAUCCUACCUAAUCACCCACCAAGUGGGAGUCACUACAGCAACAACUACAGCAACGAGCCUGACCCUGACGCACCCUCACCUGCUGUCUGACGAUGCUCUGGUCCUCCUUCAAUGCCUCUGCUCCUUUCCUACUCUUCUAGUCCUACUCCCAGCAUGCUGCAGCGUGGAGCGCCAGGGGCACCAUAACCAUAUUGCCUUGACACCUCCUUUGCAGCCUUAGAGCCUCAAGAACCUGGAUGACAAUACAAGAAGAAUCAUGAGGGAUAUAAGACUGGUGAAAGGAAAAGUUCACUAUUAUUAUUUACAUUUUGUUUUUUACUUGACCAAAGGAAUUUAUUUUUCUGUUUGGGAAAAAAAUCUGUAAAACACUUAUUAAUAACAUAUUAUUUACAAUGUUCUUGUACUUUAAUUUGAUAUACGUUUGGCUGAGCACUCUUGUGGUGUCACUGUUUUCUCACAGGUUUUAAUUUGAUGAUUAUUUUAAGUUUGAUUGUCUUGGGUGGCCUAAUUACUAAAUGUGCUUUGGGGGGGAAGAAAACCAGACUCGCUAGUAUGACUUUCUGGUCAUGGAGGAAAUCAGUAAUCACCACUUAGUGUCAUGAUCUCCAGUUGAUUCCUCUCAGAUGUCUCUGAAUCUUGUAAUGGGGUAUGUAGUCAUUGACUGGAUCUGAUAUGUGAUGUUAUGCUCCCCCCGCGGGCCAAGAUAUUAAGCAGAGCACAGGCUGUUGUGGUCAAAAUCUUUUUGUGCAAAGCUUGAAAUGGUUGUUUAAAAAUAAAACCUAAAAUCAUGAAAUAAAGACAUCAAAAUAA